GGUGAGCAGAGUCGGUUGCGCCGCAGCGUUGCGUCAGUUGCACCUUCGGGGUCGCUGGUAGCCGUGGGAGCCGGGUGGGACCUCGGCAAUGAUCCGGCUUUAAGAACCUGGAGUCACCUUGGGUCUAAGGUGUUUUGGGGGGAGUGUAGAGGCAACCCAAAAGAUCAUCUACUGGACUGGUCCUUUUGCCUGGAAUCUCAUGAAGAAAUGAUAGGAGGCAGGCAUCCGUGCCUCAGACGAGCACUGAGCUCAAAGGACAGCAGCCCAGAGUUCUGGGAGUGCACUGUGAGUUCCACCAGAUGCAGGAGUCUGAACAGCUCUCAUUGCUCAAAGUAAUCAAAGUUAAUAGCAGAAGGCUUAGAGUACACCCAGGAAGCUCAUGCCAAAAAGUGAUCCUAUCUUAUUGAAAGUAUGUAAUCCUAGCUGGGGAUUUGUAUACAUCAAUGGCAGAAUCAUCCAGUGAUUCAGACCACUUCCGCUAUCAUAACCGAUUGAGUCGAUGGGCAACCAGGUCAGUCCACAGGGAAACUGUAAGUCAUCCUACAGUAGAUGUCACCGCGAAGGUCAACACCAUCACCAGUACUUUACAGGACACCAGUCGGAACCUUCGACAAGUGGAUGAGAUGCUUGGGCGAUACCGAGACUAUAGCAUUGGCCAGGCGGGUGCUAUUGAGCAGUUAAAGGAAGAUUUGGAGCAGUCAAUAAGCCAACUGCGGAGUCAGCGCUUACAGAGAAACUCAGGAGGGAGAAGUGUUUCUGUCACCAGCUUGAGUGCCAGUGAUCUUGAUGGUGGCGCUGUGGCAGAGAGUCUCCGCUUUACACCUACCUCACCUCUGAAGGACUACCAGCCACAGGGUCUUAAACGAAACAGGUCCAGAACUGGUGUUCGGUUUGUUCGGGAGACAGAUGACAUGGUCCAGCUUCAUGCUUUUCACCAGUCCCUCCGAGACCUCAGCAGUGAACAAGUUCGGCUUGGUGAUGAUUUCAACAGAGAGCUUUCUAGAAGAAGCCGGUCGGAUGCUGAAACAAAAAGGGCUUUGGAAGAAUUGACCGAAAAGCUUAAUGAAGCCCAGAAACAAGAUGUGGUUUCAGAUCGAGUGGAGCGGCGGCUUCAGGAAAUAGAGAGGGAGAUGCGUACUGAACGAGAGCUGGUGGAGCGACGCCAGGACCAGUUGGGACUCGUGUCCUUGAAGCUUCAGGAGGCACUGAAGAAGCAAGAAGCUAAAGCAGAUGAGAAUGAGGAUGCAAUGAGGAGCAAGCUGCGACAAACUGAAACUGAGAAGAGCCAGCUGGAACAGGAAUUGGAGCUCUCACGCCGACUGCUGAGUCAAUCUGAAGGCAGCAGAGAAACACUUUUGCAUCAGGUGGAAGAACUACGUACCCAGCUUACCAAAGCGGAAGGUGACCGGAAGGGUUUACAACAUCAAGUAUCUUCCAUUGCCAAGCAACAGUCAAGCCACCAGGAUGAUCUAAGAGAUGACUGGAGGUUUAGAAGAGGGGUCGAGCGGGAGAAGCAGAGUCUGGAGAGGCAGAUGGCGGAACUGCGAGUGCACCUGAACUUCAACGCCAUGGCUUCCGAGUUAGAGGAGGUGAAGCGCUGCAUGGAGCGGAAAGAGCAGGAGAAAGCAAGUUUGUCAGCACAAGUCGAGGCUCUAACACGUGACUUGGAGAUCAGGGAAAAACAACAACUGCAGAUGCUAGAUCAACUUAAGGAGAUCCAGAAUCACUUUGAGACCUGUGAGGCUGAUCGUAAGCGCAGUGACCUCCAGAUCUCAGAGCUGAGUCACCACGCAGAGGACGCAACCAAGCAGGCAGAGCACUACCUUAAUGAGUUCCAGAGGUCAGAAGCCCUGCGAGAGGAGGCAGAGAAGAGGAGAGAAGACCUGAAAAUGAAGGCCCAGGACUCCAUCCGUCAGUGGAAGCUGAAGCAUAAGAAGCUGGAGCGGGCACUGGAGAAACAAGCAGAAACCUUGGACCAGCUGACAGAUAAGAACAAUCAGAUUCUAAAGGAGAAAGAUGAUUUGAAAAACCAGCUUUAUCCAGCCUUACAGCAGAUAGAAAGUCUCAGGAAGGAGCUCAAUGAUGUCUUGACCAAGCGUGCCCAGCAGGAGGAGGAGCUUCACUGUAAGGAGAAGAAACUCAGUGAUGUUGAGUCUCACCAAGCUGAACUCGAGCUGGAGGUCAAGAAUUCCCUAGACACCAUCCAUCGACUGGAGAGUGAACUGAAAAGACAGAGUAAGAUGCAAAGCCAGAUCAAAGCUGAGAAAACUCACCUGGAGGAGGAAAUCGCAGAGCUCAAGAGGAGCCAGGCCCAGGACAAAGCCAAGCUUCUUGAGAUGCAAGAGGCCAUCAAGGACUUGAGCGCCAUCCGAGCAGAUCUGGCUAAUAAAUUGGCUGAAGAAGAGAGAGCCAAGAAAGCUGUGCUCAAGAACCUUUCUGAACUGACGGCCCAGGCAAAGUCUAAAGAGGAAGAAACGGCUACCAUUAUCACACAGUUAAAGUUAGAACGAGACGUUCACCAGAGGGAGCUGGAAGAUCUCACAUCAUCACUGCACAGUGUGAAAACGAAGCAUGAACAGAAUAUCCAGGAGCUGAUGAAGCACUUUAGGAAAGAAAAGAGCGAAGCAGAGAAUCAUAUCAGGACACUGAAGGCAGAAAGCCUGGAAGAUAAGAACAUGGCUAAAGCCCACCGCUGUCAGCUAGAGAAACUGAAAUCCCAAUGUGAGAAGCUGACAGAGGAAUUAGCCCAGAAUGAAAAGGAGAACAAACAACUGAAGCUGAAGUACCAGUGUUUGAAGGACCAACUAGAGGAAAAGGAGAAACAUAUAAGUAAUGAAGAAGAGCACUUGAGGAGGAUGGAAGAGGCCAGGCUACAGCUGAAGGAUCAACUUCUUUGUUUGGAGACGGAACAGGAAUCCAUUCUUGGUGUAAUAGGAAAGGAAAUUGAUGCAGCUUGUAAAACUUUCUCCAAAGAUUCAUUGGAGAAAUUGAAAGUAUUUACCUCUGGUCCUGAAAUACAUUAUGACCCACAUCGCUGGUUAGCCGAAAGCAAGACCAAGCUUCAGUGGCUCUGUGAGGAGCUAAAGGAGAGAGAGAGCCGAGAGAAGAACAUGCGGCAGCAGUUGGUGCUCUGCCGACAGGAGCUCAGGGACCUGACGGAGCACAAGGAGUCUGAGCUCCUGUGUCUGUUCGAGCACAUCGAGAGGCAGGAGCAGCUUCUGGAGGAGUUCCACCAGGAGAAGAGAGGUCUGUUGGAAGAAACUCAAAGAAAAGAUGAAGAAAUGGAAACUCUACAGGACCGUGUAAAUGCAUUAGAAACGAGUACCCGAGUGGCCUUAGACCAUCUGGAGUCUGUGCCUGAGAAACUGAGCCUUCUAGAGGAUUUCAAAGACUUCAGAGUUUCCUCCAGUUUAUCUGAGAAAACUGAUGGCAGAUAUUCUAAAUACAGAAUUCACAGAGAUGCUGUUCAACAGCGCCAAGAUGACACCAGAUACAGAAUCAAGAGCCUUAAAGAUGACAGGCCCUUUUUUGGAGGUUCCCACAUCCGUGGCCUAGAUCACUCAACCUCUUGGCAGGAUGGCAGUUCCUUGCUGUCUAGUCCACACUUCAACUCCUUGCCAGCAUUUACCAAAAGAGCCAUUACCCCAGACCCAGCUUCAAUCAAGGAAGAUGCCACAAGUUUACCAGUGAAUGGAGCAACUCCACAGUCCAAGAAGGAGGAAUAUGAGAGCAAAAUAUGCAAAAUGUAAUUCACAACCUUACUUGAGUAUUUUACAAAUAUCACCCUAUGGUUCUUUUUGCCAUUUGGCUCAGAUUAUCCAAAGACACCAUGUGGCUUUGGCUCCUUGGACCUGCCAGGCAUUGACUAACGUGGCGUCACAGUCAGUCUUUGUGAGUGAGAGUAAGUUUAACCAGUAGAAGUAAUCUCGACGUAUGAAUGGUACACAUCUCAUUUAGAGGCAGCUCAUACAGGCAGAGAAAGCCAUCAUUUUUUGCUCUAUAUUUUCCCAUUUUUCAGUGUCAUACUUUUCCAGCCCAGCCUUGAGUUUAUAAUUGAUGCCUUUCAAAAUAGACUGGCUGAAAGGGGUGGGCAAAACGUUCCCUUCAGGUAAAGAUAGCCAACAGUUUAGGUUCAGGAGCAUUUGGACGUGAUUGGUUUUUAAAUGCUUUCUCCCUAAUCAGUUCCCCUGUGUUGUAACAUAUCAUGGAGAUGCCUGUGUAAUAUUAGACUGCCCUUUAAAUCUUCACAUCAAUCGCCUGUCAUCUCAGCAGUCUAUCACGUGUAGUUUCUUAUACGUACUCCAAUUGUCAUUUUUAAUUGCAAAAAAAAUUAUAAAUGAUAGCUGAACCGUAGAGCACUGUGAAGAAGCCACAGCACCAUUUAUUUAUUUGUCAUGGCCAAAUGUCCCACUGUGAGCACCCCAGGUAUAGCCUGGAUAAGCUCUGGUUUCCUCUGACUCAGGUCCCAGCACUGCUCUCCUGUGACAGUGGGGUUCACUCCGCAAGAGCCCCUGGAUACUUUGGUACUACCUGACCGCUCCUCACAUCCCAGCACUGUCAACAUCAUCGUGUUUGUAAAGCCUCGUGCCUUUCCAUGUCCAUCUACCAGUGAAGAAAAUUUUAUAUUAAGAUGCUAAGCAAUGGUCAUCAUCCAGGAAGUGGGUCCUGCUGGGCCAAGGUGGAAAGACUCUGCACAGAU